GCAUACAUAGUGCGAUUCCAGUUCCGCUUCCGUUCGCAAUGAGCGAGCACGCGAAGAUCAAUCCUGGUCCGUUCAUUGAGUACCUGAACAACGUCUGUCCAGCCCUCCUGGGAGCUUCUAAGGAUGAGAUUUCCAAGCACUUUGCCAGCCUGGAAAUGAUGAACAAGGUACGCCACUUCAUCGGCGACGAUCAGGACACUACAUUCUUUAUCGCUCGAGAGUUGGUGGAGAGAGAAGACAAGAAGGAGGACAAGAGCGAGGAGAAAGACUACAAGGAGUACAAUAUCACCACUGAAAAUGAAAUUGCGUUCUGCAGACAAGCUUCCGCUGUGGCAAUCCUGAAGCGGAGUCCGGCCACCUUUCGAUCUGCCUAUGAGGGCACACUGGAUGAAGGAGUGCCGGCAACAGGCAACUUCUCUGCAUACUUGCAGCUGAUAAGUAUGGGCGCGGAGUCAGAGUGGUCACCCUUCGAAGUGGUGCAUCUCUAUUUGCAGAACGCUUUUGUCCCCCUAUUCAACGCCUUUGCCAAGCAGUCAGAAGGUGCCAGCAAGAACGUGGGCGAGGACGAUCGAGACGAGCAAAAGGUCGGAGUACCCAAUGUUCAGCGCAAGAUCAUGGAUCUUAGCAUGGCGCUGAUGCAGUGCCAACAGAACGUAGAUAUUGAAAAUAUCUCAUUGCCGCUGGAUCCUGAAAUUGCGGAGGCAUUUGAGAAGGCAAAAGCAGAAGGCAGACAGCUGACUGUGGAUGACUUUAAGGACCGCAUGAAUGACUCCAUUUUCCAGAACCAGUUGCAGAGUGGCGUCAACAAGUGGAGCAAGGAGAUCCAGCGAGUGGCUAAGAUGCAACGGGACUCUUCCACGGGAAGCACGAUGCAAGAGAUUAACUUUUGGCUGGGCAUGGACAAGGUCCUGAACGAUGCGCAGCAGCAGCUCCAAACCCCAGAGAUCCAGCUGACGCUCAACUUGCUUCGGGGGGCGCGCCGCUUUCUUGCCACCAUGUCUUUUGAGGCUGACACGGGCCUCAAACCAGCCAUUGAGAAGGUCUCGAACUACCUGAACUUGCUUCGCGACUUUCCGAUCAACGAGCUACUUGUUGCCACGACAGUCGAGCAGCUGACGCAGGCUGUGCGAACAAUCUUCAACCACAUGAAGCGGAUCAGAAAUGCAGUUCAGUAUCCGCUUUGGAGGGCAUAUCACUUGGUAGAAGCCGUGAGCCGGGACUUGUCGGAUAGACUGCUGAAGAUCGUGUCAACACAGAGGCUCAUGCAGCAGGAUGCGGACAUGUUCAGCCAGAACAUGUCACAGUGCACUGAGCUGUUCCGCGUGUGGAAUGAAGAGCUUGGACAAUUUCGACAGCUUGCACGUGAACAGCUGAAGAAGCGUGGUAACGAGCGGCCAAUCGUGAAGAUCAAUUGCGAGCACGAGCAGCUUCAGGCCCGGAUUGAGGAGCUGCAGAAGUUCCGGAGGCACCACAUGAAGUUGCAGGAAAUCAUCGAGCGAGUUCUGGUCGGCAAAGAAACGGGUGCCAAGGCUUCAGUCGCAGAUGCCUAUCAACUAGUUGAACAGGUGGAUGUCUUGGAUGUGAGCCGACGUGGACAGCAGGAGUGGGAAAGUACGAAGCGGAAAUAUGAUGAGCGCAUUGACCAUGCAGAAAGCGAAAUCACUGCGAGGCUCCGCGACAAGCUUGGCGCUGCGAAGACCGCCACAGAGAUGUUCCGAGUCUUCAGCAGAUUUAAUGCUCUCUUUGUCCGGCCUCGUAUCCGGGGAGCAAUCCAGGAGUACCAGUCUUCGCUCAUCCAGCAGGUUAAAGAUGACGUGCAUCGUUUACAAGAGAAGUUCAAGGAAACGUUUGAGGGUACUCAGGCCUGCAAGUUGACGUCGAUCAGAGGCAUUCCCCCUACAGCUGGGCUCAUCAUUUGGGCAAGGCAAUUGGAACGCCGCCUCGCUAUCUAUAUGGGACGAGUGGAGGAUGUCUUGGGCAAAGGGUGGGAGAACCACGUGGAGGGAAAGGCGCUGAAGCAAGAGGGCGACGCAUUUGCCAAGAAGAUGCGGACCAACCAUAUUUUUGACGAGUGGCUGUCUGAAACCAAGGACUCCAAAAAAUUUGACGUGAGCAUGAGAAUCUUCGACAUUCAGCAGGGAUACCAGACAUAUUUGCUGCUCGUGAACUUUGAUGAGCAAAUUAUCACUCUCUUCAAGGAGGUGCGAAAUCUGCAGGCUCUCAAUGACUGCCGAGUGCCAUAUGCGGUGAAGGUCAGCUCUGAUGAAGCCAAGCAGAACUAUCCCUUUGCCAUGACGCUGCAGGAGGCAGCACGUACCUACAUGCAGACCUGCGCCCAAAUUACUCCCCCACUGGCACCGCUGAUGGCCUCUUAUCAGCAGGGCGUGCAGGACUUGAUCGGUGAAGGCCUUCUUCUGAAGUGGGACGACUCAAAGAUCGAAAGCUACACUCAGAAGCUUUCAGAGAGUGUGUUCCAGUUCCAGCAAAAGUUUACCCAGCUGGAGUCCAUGGCGGAGCAAAUGCACCGCGCCAUCGAGAGCUUGGAUGAUGUCAACGUGAGGCAAGACCCGAGUGCUCACGAAGCCCUGACGAGCAGAUUCGAGAAGAUGCAGAAGAUGAUCGAUGACAUGAACCUUGCCAGCUUCUCCAACAUGCAUUCUUGGGUGGAAGCUCUGAACAAGCAAAUUGAAGAAAGGCUGCUGAAGCUCCUGACCGCCAUCACUUCGCAAUGGCUCCAAGAAUUCAAGAAGUGGCCGCAGAACGGCAACAAUCUCAUUCAGGAGUCAGCAGUGAGUGCAGCUGUUCUGGAGUUGCACAUGCAGACCUCGCAAUCUGACAUGUCAGGGGUGCGGCUGGUCUUAGAACCUCAAAAGGAGUUCGCAAUGACCCACUGGGUGCGACACUUUCAUGACAGCCUGGGCAUGGUGUGCAACCUGCCCCUUCUGCAAGCAGCGCGAUUUGAUGCGUUGAAGCGCGGAGCACGGGAUACUUGCAUACCCACUCAUCGUCGUCUUAUUGCGCAAAUGGAUCAGAAAGUCCUGCAGGAGGUCUAUGAUCAGGUGACCGUCAUGUGCGAAACAAUGCAGGAGUACGUGUCCAGCUGGAUGCAAUAUCAAUCCUUGUGGGAGAUCAGUACGAGCGGGGUCCUAAAGCGAGUGGGUGAUGACUUGACACGAUGGUACAGUAUGCUCACAGAGAUCCAAUGGCUCAGCAACCGCUUUGAGGGCUCGGAACAAGACGUCUAUUUUGGCCCAAUUGUCGUCGACUACAGCAAGGUGCAAUCCAGGGUGAAGGCAAAGUACGACCAGUGGCACAGGGACUUGCUGAGUGCCUUUGGGGACAAGGUGAGCGAGACUAUGAAUGAGUUCUUUCACCAGGUGAAUCAGGGCCGAGAGCGAUUGGAAGCCGUGGACAGCAGCGGGGAUUUGACUGUUGUUUGCAUGGCAGUUCUCAAGGUCAAAACAAGUGCCGAGAAGUGGGGACAUCGGUUCGAAGAAUUGCAGAAGGCGCAGAAGCUGCUCGUAAAGCAGCGCUUUCAGUUUCCAGAGGACUGGAUGCACAUUGAGCAAGUGGAGGGCGAAUGGGAGGCUUUCGAGCAAAUCUUGGCACGGAGGAACCGGAUCUUGGAGCACGAGCUGCCAAAGCUGCGAUCGGUCUUGGUGCAGAAAGACAAGCAACUUGAAGAGAACAUCACGCAGCUGUACGCGGAAUGGUCCAGCCAGAAGCCAGUUCAGGGCAGCCUCAAGCCGACAGAUGCCAUGAAAGUCAUCAAGGACUUCGAUGAGCGUCUGCAGAUGCUUCGGGAGCAGCACAGCCAGCUGCUGCAGCUUAAAAAGUCUCUGCAGAUGGAGGUUGGCGAUGUUGAAGCACUUGCACCGUUGCAGGAGGAGAUGGAAAACCUCAAGGACGUUUGGGCUGAAAUUAACACCGUGCACAGCCGCGUGGAGACGCUCAAGGAGACGCUCUGGACUGCAGUGGAGCCCAAGCGCAUCAAGAAUGCACUGGAGGACUUGCUGUCAAACAUGAAGCAGAUGGAUCGGCGACUGCAGCAAUACGAGGCCUUUGACCAUAUACAAGAGCAGCUGCAAGGGCACAUCAAGUUGAACCAGGUUGUGGCCGAGCUGAAGACCGACGCCUUGAAAGAGCGACACUGGAAGCAGAUUGUGCAGAUGCUGAAGCUUGCCGUGGGCUUCAACGAGCUCACGCUGGGCCAUUUGUGGGACUCAAACCUCGAGAAGCACCAGCCGGCCAUCAAGGAGAUCCUCGCCCGGGCUCAAGGUGAGAUGGGCCUCGAGCAGUUCCUCGCAGAGGUGAGGGAGAAGUGGAGCAACUAUGAUUUGGAAUUGGUGCCUUACAAGAGCAAGUGCCGCCUCAUCCGCUCGUGGGAUGACCUCUUCAGCCAGCUGGAUGAGCACUUGCAGAGCGUGCAGUCCAUGAAGAUGUCACCCUACUACAAGUCCUUUGAAGAUGAGGGUGCGACGUGGGAUGACAGGCUGAACAAGAUCCGCAUCGUUUUCGAUCUCUGGAUGGACGUGCAGCGAAGAUGGGUAUACUUGGAAGGAAUUUUUGGAAGCAGUGCGGACAUUCAGCAACUGCUUCCAAAUGAAUUUGCUCGCUUCAAGACCAUCGACUCUGAGUUUGUCGGGCUGAUGAAGAAGGUUGCUGCGAAGCCCAAGGUGCUCGAAGCCGUGGCAAUUGAAGGUGUGCAGAAGCAGCUGGAUCGACUCUCGGACAUGCUGACGGCUGUCCAGAAAGCUUUAGGCGAUUAUUUGGAGAAGCAGCGCUCUCAAUUUGCCCGCUUUUACUUUGUGGGCGACGAGGACUUGCUUGAGAUGAUCGGCAACUCCAAAGAUGUCGCCGCAGUGAGCCGGCACCUGGCCAAGAUGUUCGCUGGCCUCUCUCAGCUCAGCACUGAGCCUGGCAGCCCGGAGCUCGUGAAGGCCAUGCAGUCGCGUGAGGGAGAGUCGGUGGACUUCAUCAAGCCUGUCAACAUCAACGAGGACCCGUCAAUCAAUGGCUGGCUGUCCAAGACGGAGGCUAGCAUGCAAGCGUCGCUGGGUGAGCAUCUGAAUUCCUCCAUGAAUGAGUUGGGGACGCUCUUUGCAGCUGAUGGGACAAUCAGCGAGGAGGAGACAAUGGUCUGGGUUUCCAAGUAUCCGUGCCAGGUGCUGCUGAUGGCAAUAUUGGCAGACUGGUGUGCGAAGGUUGAGGCCGCACUGAGCUCCGGUGGUGCGGCAGACAUGGAGAAAGUCUUGCCUCGUACCGUCGAGCAGCUGUCGUUCAUGGCGGGCAAGGUGAUCACGAAUGUGAGUAACGACGUGCGUCAGAAACUUGCACAGCUAAUCACUGAAGUCGUACACCAAAGAGAUGUGUCAAGGCAACUGAUCCAGGACAAAGUGUGCUCCCCCAAAGACUUCCAGUGGCUUCAGCUCAUGCGGAUGUACUGGAAUCCGAGCGAGCCCCAAAUCCUUCAGCGUUUGUCCAUUUGUAUGGCUGAUGCUACCUUCUUCUACGGCUUUGAGUACUUGGGCAUUGCAGACAAGCUGGUGCAAACACCUCUCACAGAUCGGUGCUUUUUGACCUUGACGCAAGCCCUUCAUAUGCGGCUGGGGGCCAAUCCCUUCGGGCCUGCGGGGACAGGCAAGACUGAAUCGGUGAAGGCUUUGGGCAACACAAUGGGUCGAUUUGUGCUUGUCUUCUGCUGCGACGAGGGCUUUGACUUUCAGGCCAUGGGCCGGAUCUUCGUGGGCCUCUGCCAAGUGGGCGCCUGGGGCUGCUUUGACGAGUUCAACCGCUUGGAGGAGCGCAUCCUGUCGGCGGUGUCCGAGCAAGUGCUGACCAUCCAAACCGGCAACAAACAAAACAAGAAGGAGAUCGAGAUCCUGGGGAAGCAGGUCAGACUCAACUCAAACGUGGGCAUCUUUGUCACCAUGAACCCUGGCUACGCAGGGCGGUCCAAUCUCCCGGACAACCUCAAGCAACUCUUCCGCGCUAUGGCAAUGACGACUCCAAACAAGACGCUCAUUGCGCAAGUCAACCUCUUCAACCAGGGCUUUGUCAGUGCCGAAAGACUCGCAAGCAAGGUGGUGUUCCUCUUCGACCUUUGCAAAGACCAACUUUCUUCACAGCCGCACUAUGACUUUGGCUUGCGCUCGCUCAAGGCCGUCCUAGCCUGUGCUGGUUCCAUGAAGCGCGAGGAGGUCACCAACAUAGGCCCGGAGAAGUUUGGGUUGCUGUCGGAGGAUGAGGUGGCGAAGAGUGAGCAGAAAAUCUUGCUGCGAGCAAUCUUUGAUACCUUGGUGCCAAAGCUCGUUGCGCAAGACAAGCCGCUGAUGCAAAGCCUCAUCUCUGGCGUGUUUCCUGGGGCUGACGUUGGCAUCGUUGACAAUCAGAUCUUGCAAGAUGAGAUUCGUCGCCUUUGCAAGCUGCGGCAUUUCGAGUGCACAGAGAACUUCAUGUUGAAAUGCAUGGAGCUUUACCAGAUCCAAAGAAUCACUCAUGGUGUCAUGUUGGUGGGCACUGUGGGCACUGGCAAAUCCACAGUGUGGCGCACUCUCCUGGACGCCAUGGAGAAGCUGGACAGCGUCAAGGGGGAUGCGUACGUGGUGGAUCCCAAGGCGGUGUCCAAGGAGGAGCUCUACGGCAAAUUGGAUCCCACCACGUUGGAAUGGACGGAUGGCGUCUUUACGGACAUUCUUCGCCGCAUUCUUUCCGGACACAGAGGUGAGAACAACCGGCGCCAGUGGAUCAUGUUUGACGGGGAUGUCGAUCCGGAAUGGGCAGAGAAUCUCAACUCUGUUCUGGAUGACAACAAGCUUCUCACUCUUCCCAAUGGUGAGCGUCUCGCGAUUCCUCCGAACGUCCGCAUCAUGUUCGAGGUUGAUACUUUAAAGUACGCCACAUUGGCAACCGUGAGCCGGUGUGGCAUGGUGUGGUUCGCCAAUGAUGUCGUGACUGAGGAGAUGGUGUGCAGCAACGAGCUCAAGUCCAUCAAGUACGGAAAUCUGGAAAAAAGCGAGAACCAGCUCAGCGGCGCAGAUGACAGCGAUGGCUUGUCAAAGGAGCAAAAGACGAAGGUGAAGUGCAUCGAAGCACUGGAGCCCUGCUUCCAGAGUGGUGCAGUGGUGCUCUCUGCCUUGAAGCUAGCUAUGGACAUGGACCACAUCAUGACCUUCACCAUGAUUCGGGCACUCACCGGCUUGUUCUCCAUGGUUCGGAAGGGAAUCAGCAUGAUCCUAGAGUACGAUGAGGCGCAUGAAGAGUUCCCUCUGGCUGAUGAUGUGCUUCGCAGCUUUAUGCAGAAGUACUUGGUGUUUGCAAUUUGCUGGUCCUUCGGCGGAGACAUGUUCCUCAGCACACGCAUGAAAUUCUGCGAGUUGCUUGCCGGGCACUUGGGGGAGAUAGCCGCGCCAGAUGGCCUGGGAGGAGACACGACGCUGCUUGACUUCGAAGUGCGGGUGGAGGAUGGUGCGUGGUACCACUGGGACAAGCGAGUCCCGACUUUGGAUGUGGAGCCCGAGAAGGUCGCAGAUUCCAGCCUGAUCAUCUCAACCGUCGAUACGGUGCGGCACACCGCUGCCUUGGCGGCUUGGCUUGAGGAGAGGAAGCCCUUCAUUCUGAGUGGCCCCCCUGGAAGCGGGAAAACGAUGACUUUGAUGUCCACAAUGAAGUCCAUGGCCGGAAGUCUUGAAUUGGCUUCCCUGAAUUUCUCAGCUGGAACGACCCCGGAGCUGUUGCUGAAGACCUUCGACCUCUACUGCGAGACUGUCAAGACGCCCGCUGGCCUGGUCAUGCGACCGCUGCAGCUCAAUCGCUGGGUGGUGGUGUUUUGCGAUGAGUGCAACCUUCCGGAGGAAGACAAGUACGGCACCCAGAAGGUCAUCAUGUUCAUUCGGCAGAUCACUGAAGCCGGUGGCUUCUACCGCCCAAGCGACCGGCAAUGGGUGAACGUGGAGCGGGUCCAGUUUCUGGGGGCUUGUAACCCGCCGACCGACCCAGGCCGACACCCCAUGUCAGACCGCUUCUUGAGGCACGCUCCAGUGAUUUGGGUGGACUAUCCAGGUCCAGACUCCCUGCGGCAGAUCUAUGGCACCUUCAAUCGGGCCAUGCUGAAGCUGCAGCCGCAACUUGACAAGAGCAGCGCAGAUGCAAUGACCAACACAAUGGUUCAGUUCUGGCGCGACAGCGCUCAGCGUUUUACAUCCGAUCAACAGCCCCACUACUUGUAUUCACCGCGGGAACUGACGCGAUGGAAGACUGCACUUUAUGAAUGCAUUCGAGACUGGGAUGGCAUGACACAAACGAAUUUGAUUCGCCUGCUGGUUCACGAAGGACUGCGGAUUUUUGUGGACCGUCUGGUCUUCGAGGAAGAACGAGAGUGGAGCGAGUCGCUGUUGGAUGAGGCUGUUCAGAGGGAGUUUGGCUGCGGUGCUGAUGUGCUGGAACGGCCAAUUCUCUUCAGUUGCUACUUGGAGGAGCAGCAUAGAUACCGGGAUGAGCCGCGCGAAAAACUCCGUGAAUUUGUGAAGGCGAAGUUGAGCAUCUUCCAAGAAGAGGAGCUUGAUGUACGGCUGGUGAUCUUUGACUCGGUUCUUGAUCACAUCGUCCGCAUGGACCGGGUUUUGAGGCAACCUCUGGGCCACUUGCUACUCGUCGGCGCUUCUGGUGCCGGCAAGACAGUACUGUCGAAGUUUGUCUCCUGGCUGAAUGGUCUUAGCGUCUACACCUUGAAGAUUGGCCGCAACUACGACGUCCUCGCCUUCGAGGCUGAUGUUCGGAUAGUCAUGAAGCGUUCCGGGAUCAAGGGUGAAAAGAUCACCUUCAUCUUCGACGAGUCCAACGCAUUGGGCCCAGCAUUCAUCGAGCGAAUGAACGCGCUGCUUGCAUCUGGCGAAGUACCUGGACUUUUCGAGGGGGAUGAGCAUACGGCCUUGAUCCAUGAAUGCCGAGGAGCAAAUAUCACCGGCGUGGAUGACGCCGAAAUAUUUGCGCGCUUCACAAAGAGAGUUCAGAGAAACUUGCACAUCGUCUUCACAAUGAAUCCGGCCAACCCCGAUUUCUACAACCGCUCCAACUCCAGCCCUGCGCUGUUCAAUCGCUGCGUAAUCGACUGGUUUGGUGAUUGGCCACAAGAAGCGCUUCUGCAAGUUGCAGCAGAUUUUACAGCUAGCAUGCUGAUUGGCGAGGACACAUGUACCGGCGAUUGUGCGGGACCUGGAGACGAGAAGGAUGCUUUGCGGCAUGAGAAGUUGUCGGAGACCAUCGUGGCGUUCCACCAGAAGGUGGACCAGACAAACGUGGACCUGAAAAAGAGUGCCCAGCGGUACAAUUUCAUAACUCCGCGGGAUUUCUUGGACUUUAUCAACCAUUUCACAGACUUGAUGAAAGAAAAAAGAGACGAAGUGCUGGACCAACAAGGUCACAUCGAUGGAGGCCUGAAGAAACUGAAGGAAACGGAAGAUCAGGUGGCCAACCUUCAGUCUGGCCUCGCAGAGAAGGAGAAAAUGCUUUCCGUCAAGAACAAAGAGGCAGAAGAGAUGAUGUCACAGAUGGUGAAGGGUCAAGGAGAAGCCGAAGAGAGGAAACAAGCCAGCCAGAAGCUUCAGGGCGAGCUCGCAGAGCAGUCAAAGGUGAUUGAGGAGCGACGAGGUGUUAUUCAGAAAAAGAUUGAAGAAGUGGAGCCUGCGCUCGAAGCCGCGAAGAGCGCUGUGGGUGCUGUGAACAAGCAGUCGCUGGAUGAGCUGCGGUCGAUGAACAAGCCACCCGAACAUGUGAAGAUGGCCAUGGAGGCUGUGAUCCUCAUGGUCAAGCCUGAAGUUUCUCCUGCCACCAUCAACUGGGAAGUCGUGCGCAAGGUUAUGCGCGAUGCCAACUUCAUCCCAAGCAUUCUGGAAUACGAUGCAGAGCAAUUGAAGGAUGCGACGCGCGAUACAUUGAAGAAGAAGUACCUGCAGAAUAAGGCUUGGGAUGUGUCCAGAAUCAAGCAAGCUUCACGCUGCGCGGGACCUGUUGCACAGUGGGUGGAAAGCCAGCUUCAAUUUGCCGACCUUCUCAGCAUGAUGGAGCCUAUGAGGAAUGAGCUGCAGCAAAUGCAACAGCAAGCUGACAAGAACAAAGUGGAGCUGGACGCCUGUGAGAAGGAAGUGGCUGAGAUGGAGGCAAAAAUCCAGCAGUACAAGGAGCAGUAUGCGCAACUGAUCACUUCAGUGGAGCAGAUCAAGCAUCAGAUGCAGCAAGUGCAGGAGAAUUGCACACGCUCAACACAGCUUCUCUCCGACCUUUCCUCUGAGAAGGUGAGAUGGCAGGGGUCGUCCAGAGGCUUCCAGGAGCAAACAGCUAGCAUGAUUGGAGAUGUGCUGAUUUGCGGUGCUUUCUGCACAUACAUUGGCUUUUUUGACCUAUUCAUGCGCCAGCGAGUCACUGCGCUGUGGCGGGAGAAAUUGGAUGAGGCAGAAAUCAAACAGAAGGAGGACAUGGCCAUCAUUGAGUAUUUGUCAAAGCCGUCGGAGCGGCUUCAAUGGAAGCAGAAUGCGCUGCCCGAUGAUGAUCUUUGCUACGAGAAUGCCAUCAUCCUGCGUCGAUUCUUGCGAUACCCAUUGAUCAUAGACCCCUCGGGUCAAGCGAUCACCUUUCUCACGAAUGAGUUCAAAGACAAGAAGCUACUGAAGACUUCAUUUGUGGAGAACAGCUUUAUGAAGAAUCUCGAGACAGCUCUCCGGUUUGGUGCGCCUCUAAUUGUGAUGGACGUGGACAGAGUGGAUCCUAUCCUCAACAACGUGCUCAAUAGGGAGACGCACAAGAGUGGACCCCGUGUUCUCAUAUCGCUUGGUGAUCAAGACAUCGACUUCAGCCCUGCCUUCGAGAUGUAUAUGUGCACGAGGGAUUCCACAGCGCAAUUCACGCCGGACUUGUGCAGCCGUGUGACUUUCGUGAAUUUUACUGUGACACCUUCCUCCUUGCAGAGCCAGUGCAUGAAUGCACUUCUGAAGUCUGAACGACCUGACGUGGAUCGCAAAAGGGAGGAUCAGCUGAAACUGCAGGGAGAGUGCAAGGUGAAGAUGAGGGAGCUGGAGGAGCAGCUGCUCCAUGCGCUUUCCAACGUAGAAGGCUCCAUCUUGGAGGAUGUGAAGGUCAUUGCAACCUUGGAGAAGAUCAAAAAGGAAUCCUCCGAAAUUCAGGAGAAGCUUGGCCAGACAGAUGCCAUCAUGCAGGAAAUCAACGAAACCAGCGCCCUGUACGACACUGCUGGCGAGGUGGCGGCGAACCUUUACUUCAUGUUGCAAAGAAUGGGUGGCAUGCACACGCUGUAUCGCUACAGCUUGGCCUUCUUCCUAGAGGUGUUUGAGGCUUCUCUCAAGUCAGAGCUGAACAAGGAUCUCAGCUACGAGAAGCGCUUGGAGGCCAUCAUCGAGAAGCUGUUCAGCAAUCUUUUCCUUCGAGUUGGGCCAGGUCUUCAAGAAGCCGACGUUCUCGUCUUCGGGCUGCAACUGGCACAAGUCAGGGCGGACAGUCAGGGCGCGUCGGCAUUUCCCAAGACUGAGCUCAACCAGCUGCUGAAAGGUGCAGCGGUGGAUGUUAUGAAGUCAUCAUCAGCAGCGUUGGCGGAACAGUGCCGCGAGGUUAUAAAAUCCAAGCUGAACAGCCAACAGCUGAAGGCAUUGCAGGAUUUGCACCUGCUCCCUUGCUUCAGCGCGCUUGUGGGCAACAUUCAGGAGAAAGAGUCCGAGUGGCUGCAAUUCAUGGAGCACCUUGAGCCCGAAACUGCCAUGCCACAGGGCUGGGAAAAGCCUGAUGACUCUUCGGAUAUUGCCAAGUUGGUCCAGAAGAAUUUGAUCAUCAAGGCAUUGCGCCCAGAUCGCCUGAUCUUCGUUUGUACCCAGCUGGUGGAGACUGUGCUGGGCAAGGGCUUCUUGGAUUUGCCGGCCUUCAACCUCGCCGACAUCAUCGCCAAGGACAGCAAAGCCUCUUCUCCGAUCAUGAUGGUCUCAGUACCAGGCUUUGACCCAAGCGGAAAGGUCACAGAACUAGCACAGGUGCAGAAGAAGUCCCUGCAGUCUGCAGCUAUGGGCUCUGAGGAGGGCUUCAAUGUUGCUGACAAGGCCAUCAGAGCCGCGUCCAAUGCUGGAACUUGGGUGCUGCUCAAGAAUGUGCACUUGGCCAUCAACUGGCUCACAGAGCUCGAAAAGAAGCUCUACAGCAUGCACCCGCAGCAGAACUUCCGGCUAUUCCUGACCAUGGAGUUUAACCCAAGGAUUCCUGCGAAUUUGAUCCGCCUCUCCCGAGUCUAUGUCUUUGAGCCACCAUCUGGAGUUCGGGCAUCCUUGCGGAGAUCCUUCGCACAAGUCCUGCCACCGGACAGAACUGAUCGUCAGCCCGUGGAAAGGUGCAGGCUGCAUUUUCUGUUGGCCUUCCUUCAUGCAAUCGUCCUGGAGCGCCUGCGCUUCUUCCCAGUAGGCUGGAGCAAGAAGUAUGAGUUUAGCGAUGCCGAUCAGAUGUGCGGAAGAGACAUCAUCGAUGCCUGGGUGGACAGUGUGUCCAACCAGGGACAGCUUUCAAACAUCAGCCCAGACAAAAUUCCAUGGGACGCACUUCGUUCCAUUUUGAGCGAGUCGAUCUACGGAGGUCGGGUAGACAACGAGUUCGACCAUGCGGUCUUGAAGGCCUUCAUCAAUCACUUAUUCCGAGCAGAGUCCUUUGAAAGAGAUUUCAACUUGAACAUGGAGUCCUCGAAGGAGCAUUGCUUGAGCUCACCUGAUGGACGCAAACGGGAGCAGUUCUUGGAGUGGAUUGACAACCUGCCUGCCAAAGGAAGCCCAACCUGGGUGGGUCUGCCCGUCCAUGCCGAGCAAAUGCUGCGCAUCAAUCGGGCCAACCACACGUUGCAGCGAUGGUUGCUGCUGCAGGGCAACACUGGAACCCUCAAAGGUGAGAAGAAGAAGGAUGGCGAGAAGAGAAGAGCGAGCGCCCUGAUCAACCCCCUGGCAGAUUUGGGAGCCAAGGUGAAGCAGAUGCUGGAGAACUUGCCGGAGACUCUGGAUUCGCUUCACCGAACCGAAGCUUCCUUGCGAGACCCACUUUGGCGCUGCUAUGACCGGGAGACCGGUUUUGGAAGGUCGCUCCUGAAGAAAGUGCGUCAAGACCUCUCCUUGCUGUCUGCAGCCUGCGAGGGAAGUGCGAAGAGCACUAAUGAGGUUCGGCAGCUGAUUCAGGACUUGACGACUGACCAGGUACCAAAGGCGUGGAGGCGCUUUGCAAUGGCUGAAGUCACUGCCACGGAGUACUUGGCUGACAUGGUGAAGCGCUUGGACCAGCUGCAAGCCGUUGUGGCCUGCAGCUCGUUGCAGAAGCAUCGGCUUUGGUAUGGCGGCUUGUUCUUCCCGGAAGCCUUCCUCACAGCCUCCCGACAGGCGGUGGCUCAGCAGAAGCAGGUGUCUCUGGAGGAGCUGAACCUCGUGGUGCAGAUAGGUGGGUCUGCCACGGGCGACGAUGUCUUUGAGAUGACUGGGCUACAAAUGGAGGGCGCCGCCUGGGGUGACACACAGCUUUGUGUCACAGAGGAGCUGACUGUGGCGCUGCCAAAUCUUUGGCUCCGAUGGGUUCACAUCGACUCGGCCGAGUGCAAGCAGGCAGCCGACAAUCUGCGGGUGCCGGUGUACCUCAACACGAGCAGGGGACUGCUGAUCAGCGCUUUCGCUCUGAAAUCGCCGAAAGAGAUUCCACACGCCGUGCUCGUGCCCUCAGACUCCCUCGUGUUGACAUGGGAGCCAUGCCAAUACCCACAAAGCUUCAAGGUGGGUCCAGCGCAGUGUGGCUAUCACCAUAUGGACAAAGCAGUGAGCCGUAGUGAGAGAGCGGAGAGAGUGCGCCUUGAGCCAACUCGGUUGCCAGCGGCAACAUGUUAAUGCCUGCGCGGGUCUAAAAGAUCAGCGCUCGAAGCAUAGCUUUCCUCAAGUUAGCGAGUUUGCCAGCUGUCCUCUCGGGCACUACUGGCAGCUUUUUGCCAGAAGCUUUUUGUGAGACGGAUGAUAGAGCGUAUGGGACUCUCAUUUUGUAUGCUCAGAACUCGCAUUAAGCUCUUGGUGAGACGUGUAACAAUUGCUUUGCAAAAACGUCUGUUCGCUGAGGCUUACUUCAGUUUUGUGAGUCAGCCUCUGCAAUUGAUGAGCAGUCGGCCCGAAUGUUCCUCCAUGCUGCAGCUGUGACUUACAUGCGCACAUGUUGACAUGCACCAUUGCCGACGGAAGGAAGACAUUCCCGGACCCACAGCACGGAUUGUAUGCUGUUUCU